AUGCGUCAAAUGGGAAGAGCCAGAGAGGGUGAUGAUGACGAAGACGAAGAUGGAGAAGACCUUUUCAAUGAUAGGAUGUUAGAAGACUAUGACGCAAAUGAUGCCCUCGACACGUAUUCACAAGCUGAUUUGGAUGACCGAUCUUCUGUCGCUGAGAUGACUCGUGGCGAGCGUCUCGCGGCUGAAAGAGCUAUGGAGAGGCGAGAUCGGGGACUGGGAGGAAGAAGAGCUGGUCGGAGAGAUCAUAUGCCGGCUUUCCUUCAAUCUGAUGAUGAAGAUAUGGACGGUCUCGGUGAAGGUCCUCUGGCAGGUAUCAACACCAGAAGAAGAAGAAGGCAAUAUGACGAGAGAAUGGAUGAAGAUGAUGUGGCAGAUGAAGAGGAGAUGUCAUUGGAGCAUCUUGGUGAUGUCAAAGCUGCUUCUAUAGCAGAGUGGAUCUCCAUAGAUGUGGUUCGAAGAGCUGUUCAGAAACAUUUCAGAAGUUUUUUGAUGACUUACGUUGACGAGAACGGUCAAUCGGUCUACGGACAAAGAAUCAAACAUCUCGGUGAAAUCAAUUCUGAAUCGCUCGAGGUUUCUUUCCUGCACUUGGCGCAAUCAAGACCAAUCUUGGCAUACUUUCUUGCUAAUUCCCCUCAACCCAUGUUGGCUUUAUUCGAUGAAGUUGCCCUUGAAGCCAUUCUUCUGUACUACCCAUCAUACGACAACAUCCAUUCAGAGAUCCACGUAAGAAUAACCGAAUUACCCACUUCUCUUUCCUUGAGGGAUCUUCGACAAUCGAAUUUAAACUGUCUAGUCAGAGUAAGCGGAGUCGUAACACGACGAACAGGUGUUUUCCCUCAACUGAAGUAUGUCAAAUUCGAUUGUGGAAAGUGUAACGCUACUUUGGGUCCUUUCUUCCAAGAUACAAACAAAGAACUCAAGAUCUCCUUCUGUUCAGCAUGUGAAAGUAGAGGUCCAUUCACAGUCAAUUCCGAACAAACCGUUUACAGGAACUACCAGAAAAUGACGCUUCAGGAAUCACCUGGAAGCGUUCCUGCUGGUCGAUUACCUCGACACAGAGAAGUGGUUCUACUUUGGGAUUUGAUCGAUAUGGCUAAACCAGGAGAGGAGAUUGAAGUAACCGGUAUCUACAGGAAUAACUUCGACGCCUCCCUCAAUACCAAGAACGGUUUCCCCGUCUUUUCAACUGUGCUUGAAGCAAAUCACAUCAACAAGAAGGAAGAUUUGUUCGCUGCUGUAAGACUUACUGAAGAGGAUGAGAAGAUGAUUCGAACCAUGGCAAAAGAUGAACGAAUCGCUAAAAGGAUUGUCAAGUCAAUCGCGCCAUCCAUCUACGGUCAUGAUGAUAUUAAGACUGCUCUUGCACUCUCCCUGUUUGGUGGUGUGAUGAAGGAUAUCAACCGAAAGCAUCGAAUUAGGGGUGACAUCAACGUUCUUCUCCUUGGUGAUCCUGGUACAGCGAAAUCUCAGUUCCUGAAAUACGUCGAGAAAACAGCGAAUAGAGCGGUAUUUACAACUGGACAAGGUGCUUCCGCUGUUGGUCUGACUGCGUCAGUGCGAAAAGAUCCAAUCACACGAGAAUGGACACUGGAAGGAGGAGCAUUGGUCUUGGCCGAUAAAGGUCACUGUCUGAUUGAUGAAUUCGACAAGAUGAACGACGCCGAUCGAACUUCGAUUCACGAGGCAAUGGAACAACAGUCAAUCUCAAUAUCAAAAGCUGGUAUUGUGACUUCUUUACAAGCCAGAUGUGCGAUUAUCGCAGCUGCGAACCCAAUUCGAGGUCGAUAUAACCCUACUAUUCCAUUCCAACAAAACGUCGAACUCACAGAACCUAUCUUGUCACGUUUCGACGUUUUAUGCGUAGUGAAAGACGCGGUAGACCCAGUUCAAGAUGAAAUGUUAGCUCGAUUCGUAGUCGGAAGUCAUACUAGAUCUCAUCCUCAAUUCAACGAAGCUCAAGACGAGAUUAAUGUGACUACAUCGGUCGAUGCGGAUAUCAUUCCCCAAGACGUCCUACGAAAAUACAUAAUGUAUUCAAAAGAACACAUUCGACCUAAAUUACAUCAAUUAGAUCAAGAUAAACUUGCUAGAUUGUACGCUGAUCUACGAAGAGAAUCCCUCGCUACUGGAUCUUUCCCCAUUACCGUUCGACACCUUGAAUCGAUGAUUCGAAUGUCAGAGGCCAGUGCCAAGAUGCAUCUUAGAGAGUAUGUCAGAAGCGAUGAUAUCGAUUUAGCUAUCCAAGUCGCCGUAGGAUCCUUUGUGAAUGCUCAGAAGAUGAGCAUUAAGAAGACUUUGGAGAGGGGAUUCCGAAAAUACGUACACCAAGCUACUGAUCACGAAGAACUUCUUGCUUUCCUUCUUGGACAAAUCGUCAAAGAGGUUUCGCAGCAAUAUAGAUUACAACGGGGACAAGAUCUCGAAAAAGCCAGUGUCAAAGUGGGACAAUUGGAAAAGAGAGCGAAAGAAUUGGAGAUCUAUGAUAUCAAUCCAUUCUUAAGAAGUCAACUGUUUAUCACCAACGGGUAUAAGUUGAUUGAUGUUCCAGGUCAAGGUAAGAUCAUUGAAAAAGUGUUCACGAGGGGUUAA